AUUUAUUUUUACAGAGAUCUGUCGAAAAAUCUUAUCCGAUCUCUGCCGUCUUUGGCUUUUCACAAUUUACGAUCGCUGGUGAAUUUGUCGCUUGCCAGGAACGAAAUUUCCAGGCUCGAUGACGGAGCAUUCUUUGGCUGCGAAUCAUUGCUGGCUUUGAAUCUGUCUCAAAACCACAUCCGUACAAUUUCUGAUGAGUGGCUCUUUGGACUGAAUGGGCUUCAGGAAUUAGAUCUUUCCUACAAUCACAUCGCUUCAUUUGAUGCGAAUUCAUGGAAGCAAUGCUCAGAGCUGAGAUGGUUAUCACUUCAUCGGAAUCAGCUCCACUUUCUUCCAUCCGGAGCAUUCCGCCUAUUGCCUCGACUCGAAUAUCUUCGAUUAUCCGGCAAUUCAAUCGAAUCCCUUCAUAAGACGGCCAUGACCGGUUUGGAUCAUCUCAAUGAGCUGGACCUCUCAUCCAACUUGCUUGCUGUAUGCCUCGAAGACAACGCCAUGCUGUACAAUACAUCGCUGCCAUUUUUGAGAUCGUUGAAAUUCCGAGAUAAUCAGCUUCGAGUUAUUCCAAGCAGAGCGUUCGAGAGAUUUCCUGCUUUGGAGCAUCUCGAUUUGGCCGACAAUCCAAUUACCACCAUACAUCCGGGUGCUUUCAGCCCACUUCAGCUACAGGAACUAUAUCUAGACAGUUCGGCAUUACUAUGCGAUUGCCAUUUGGCAUGGUUCUCAUCGUGGUUUGUCUCUUCGAAGCUCUCCCGUCGUACCGUCCACACCCGAUGUGCCCAUCCCAUUCCGCUCAGUGGUAUCGAUGUUUUCGCUAUCGACUCCAACAAUCUCACAUGCGUGGAUGACUCACCUCGUGCACGUAUCAUCGAACAUCCGGCCACCAGUGUUAGCACUCUAGUGGGAGGACAAGCUCGGUUCACAUGUUCAGGAUACGGACAUGCCCCUCUUCAAGUCGAGUGGCGUGUGAUUGAAAAUGGCCGUCCUCGUACUUUGGAGCCCGAUUCAACUACAAUAAUGAAUGUCAAUCAUAGUGCAAUAGUGAAUGGAACCAUCAAUGGACAGGAGUUGGCAAACGCAGAGCUGCUGCUUCUGGACGUCUCAAUGUCUGAUAAAGCUGAGUACCAAUGUGUGGUCCGGAAUCGAUUCGCAGCCGAACAUAGUAUCCGAUCAGUUUUGAAGAUAUUCCAAGUGCCGAUAUUUUCAAACGAGCCAGACGAUAUGUCACUUCUUGUCGGACAGAAUGCAAAGAUUAUGUGUGCUGCCACAGGGAUCCCUCCUCCUGUAAUCAAGUGGUCUAAGGAUGGUGGAGCUUCUUUUCCUGCGGCGCUUCAACAUCGUUUGUUUGUGCGUCCGAAUGAUGACCAUCUCUACGUAGUGAACGUCACCACGGAGGAUCAAGGAGUGUACACAUGCCAUGCUGUGAACGAAGCCGGAGCUAUACAAGCCAGCGCAACUCUGCGGAUUUUUGGUAUACUGGACCACAUUGUUGUAUAA